UUCCUCGUGUUAGGACUUGUCAAGCAGUGAUUGGUUGGAAUCAGCUGUAACAUGUGAAAGUGACUGUAUUUGCUAUUCAUCUACUGUGUCUGCAGGUCAUGAGAAAAGAGGUGUAAUAAUGGAAAUAAUUCACGCUGUCCAUGGUUUUGUCAGAUCACUGCUGUUUCUGCUGCUGUGGUCAAACUGUGAAGGAAGGGACUCGGAGCUCAACUAUGUGACCUGCGGCUCCCUGGUCAAACUGCUCAACACCAAACACAACGUCCGCCUGCAUUCCCAUGAUGUCAAGUAUGGCUCAGGCAGUGGACAGCAGUCUGUAACUGGAGUGGAGAACGCAGACGACGCCAACAGUUAUUGGCAGAUUCGUGGGAAGCCCAACCGUCCGUGUCAGCGCGGGGCAGCCAUCAAGUGUGGUCAGGCCAUCCGCAUCACACACAUGAAGACUGGCCGAAACCUCCACACACACCACUUCAGCUCACCCCUGUCUAAUAACCAGGAGGUCAGCGCCUUUGGAGAGAACGGCGAGGGCGACGACCUGGACGUCUGGACAGUGAAGUGCGACGGCAUCCACUGGGAGCGUGAUGAAGCCGUGCGCUUCAAACACAUGGGCACCGACGUCUUCCUGAGCGUGACGGGUGAGCAGUAUGGCCACCCUAUCCGCGGCCAGCGGGAGGUGCACGGCAUGAGCGCUUCCAACCAGCACAACUGGUGGCGUGCCAUGGAGGGCGUCUUCAUUCAGCCCAGCCAGGAGCUGAUGCGCCACGAUGAGCUCUGACAUCAUCACUAGUAGACACGAAGCAUGGACAUGCGUGCAGAGUCUGUGGAUUCCUGUUGCUGUGGUGGUUUUCUAGCUCUCCUGGACCAAAUGUCGUGAUAUGUGAAUGAUGUAAAAUAUUUGACUGAAGACUCAUCACUGUACAUGUGAAGCAGUCAGGGUGUUCUGAGGCGGGGGGGGGUGAUGUUAUUUUUCUUAAAGGUUUGAAGAAGAUUAGUGAUAGUGUAUGUAGUGUAGCCUAUAGGUCUAUAUAUUCUUCUUCAGUUUCCUCCUCAGAGAAUUUCAUAAGGGGGAAAAUCAAGGCUGGGCUACCAACUGGACAUAGCAACUACCCUGAAAUUCAAAGGUUUGAGAGGCCCUGUGUCAAAUAAAACCUAUAUAUACACUGUA